AUGGAUAGAAAUAAAGUUACAUAUUUGGCCUUUAUGGACCUGGAAAAGGUCUUUGACAAAGUUAAUUGGGAUAAAAUGCUGUUCACAUUACGAGAAAUAGGUGUUGAAUAACAAGACCUAAGAAUCAGGCACAGUCUUUACAAGAACCAGACAGCUUGCAUUAAAAAAAGGAGAAUUCACUACUAACGCUCAAAUGAAAAAAAGGAAGUCUGACAAGGGUGUACGUCAUAACCACUACUUUUUAACUGCUACAUCGAAAAAUUUAUAAAUAUAGUGAAAGAAAAGCUAACAAGACUAAACAUAGGAAUAAAAAUUGAUGGAGAAAUUGUUUCAAUGAUACGAUUUGCCGAUGACACUUUGGUAAUAGCAGAUAGUGAAGGUGACAUACAGCGUGUAGUUGAAGAAAUGGAUGAAAUGCUCAGAACCUCAGAAAUGAAAAUAAAUAGCGCAAAAACGAAGAUCUUAGUCUGCGCCAGAGACCUGAAUGUAAAAGCUGAUGUAUACAUAGGUAGUCAAAAAUUGGAGCAAGUGAGGGAGCAAUAUCACAUCUCAUGGUAA